AUGUCCGGACACAGGCACCUCUCGAUCAAGGUCAAGGAGGCCAAGGGCAUCCCUGCGGCCGACUCGAACGGCAAGAGCGACCCCUACGUGGUGCUGACGAUCGGCGGCCAGAAGAAGAAGACGAAGAUCAUCCACAAGACCCUGGAGCCCAAGUGGUACGAGGAGUUCCGCUUCGACAUCGACGACUCGCAGCACGUGCUGCGGUUCGAGGUGUUCGACCACGACAAGUUCAGCAAGGACGACUCGCUGGGCCACUACGAGCUCAACCUCAAGACGGCCCAGAUUCCCAUCGGCCAGUGGACCCCCUUCACCCGCAACCUCAUCCACCCCAAGCAGUCGGGCGAGAUUCAGUUCGAGAUCAACAUCGCCUAA